CGGGCUCCCCCCGCCUCCUGUCAGGUUAGGGUUUUCGAGUUCAAAUCAAACCUAUUUUAAUUUUUAAGCAAGCAUUGUCUUUGUUCGAGGAAAGAAACUCCUUUCGUGUUUUCCAUCCAGAGACAUUCUUCGAGAUUGUUGACAGGUUUGUGAAGAAGAAGCUUGAUCAGCAGGAGGAUGGGGUUCUGGAUAUUCGGAUACGGGUCAUUGGUUUGGAAUCCCGGGUUUGAAUACUAUGAGAAGAAGAUUGGGUACAUCAGGGAUUGCAUGCGGGUUUUCGAUCUAGCUUGCAUUGAUCACCGAGGUACGCCUCAAAACCCUGCUAGAACUUGCACCUUGGAGAAAAGUGAGGGAGCCAUCUCUUGGGGUGCUGCCUAUUGUGUUCAAGGAGGGACAGAGAAGGAAAAGAAGGCUAUGGAGUAUUUGGAGCGAAGAGAAUGUGAAUAUGAUCACAAAUCUUCAAUGGACUUUUUCACGGAACAAGACCCUGUUUAUCCUGCUAUAACUGGAGUUUUGGUGUUUAUGUCCACUCCAGACAAAAGUGAAUAACAAGUACUACCUGGGACCUGCUCCAGUAGAAGUAAUGGCAAAACAAAUAGCUACUGCUUUUGGUCCUUGCGGGAACAACAGGGAGUAUAUUUUCAAAAUGGAGAAAGCCUUGCAUGAUAUUGGGCAUGAGGAUAAGUACAUAGUUGAACUUGCAAAUGAAGUGAGGAAAGCCCUUGGGAUGGUGGGAGUUUCGGGUCUUUUAAAGGAAAAGAAGAUGUUAAGCAUUGGCAGCGGCAACAACAUUCAUCCGCCCCUCUAACUCAACAAGUCACUACACUUAUCCCCC